AUGACAACAACCAAAAAUCCCCAGCAAUGGGAGAUGGGUUUGUGUCAGUGCUGCAGUCAAAUGGAUCUUUGCUGCUACCUGUGCUGGUGUCCGUGCUUGGCAUACCACGAAGCGGCGGAGAAUAUGGGAAGCGACGGAAUGGUGUACUGCCUCCUCACAUUUCCAUUGCCCUUGGGAUGUUGUGUGCUGGCCGUACUGGGCGAAGAAGCCGCCAAACGAAGAGGCAUUGAUGUGGGCAUUCCUUCCUCGGCGCUCUGUGCCUGUUUGAACCCUCUCACGGGCUAUUCGUGUUCUGUCGUCCAUGAAACAAGAAAGAUUCGACAAGAGAGCGUAAAAAAGCAACAAAUGGAACGAAACUAG